AUGCCACUGUACGAGGUCUUGCACUCAAUUCCCCUCAACGAGGCGGAGAAGAGCGAGGUUGCACGAGCCAUCACGGCGAUUCACACAAGAAGAUUCACCGUGCCGAGCCUCUUCGUCAAUGUGAGGCUCACUGAUGUCCGCGAGCAUCACAUGUACGUCGGAGGCGAGAAGGUCCUGAGUAGAUUCACAUCAAGGUCCAGCACGACGCCUACGCCACCGCCCGACGGGGGCUUCUCAGCCUGGAUGUGCGUGUUGGGCACCCAUCUUGUGGUCAUGAACACCUGGGGCGUCAUCAACUCCUUCGGCGUCUUCCAGAGCUACUACGUGGACGCCUUACACCGCUCGCCCUCGGACAUAUCGUGGAUCGGCCCGGUCGAGAUCUUCCUGCUCUUCUUCAUCGGCACCGUCACGGGCCGCCUGACGGACGCAGGGUUCUUCCGCCCACUUUUCCUCACGGGCGGGGUGCUCGUCGUGGGCGGCGCACUGGCAGCGUCAGCCAGCGGCCGGUACUGGCAGAUAUUCCUGGCGCAGGGCGUCUGCGUCGGGCUCGGUAACGGCUGCCUCUUUUGCCCGGCCGUGGCGGUGGUGUCGACGUACUUCCAGCGGCGGCGGUCCCUGGCUUUAGGGCUGGGAGCAUGCGGUAGCAGCACUGGGGGCGUGCUGUUCCCCAUCAUGGUGCGGCAGCUGCUCCCUCGCAUUGGGUUCGAGUGGACAAUCAGGACCAUCGCGCUGGCGCAGUGCGUGCUCCUGGCUUGCUUUUGGGGGACUUACUUUGCCUUCUUCUAUAUUUCCACGUACUCGCGUGAUAUCCAAGGCAUGUAG